AUGCCGGAAACAUGUGAUGUAGUUAUUAACAUCUGGAAGGAUUUUCAUGAACUCUACAAAAUAAUGACAAGUAAUAGCACAACUACCCCUGAGAUUUGUGAUAGUUUUUUUCAAAAGGCAAAAAAUUGGAUAAAUCUAUUUACAUCUUUGAGAACAUCAUCAAUUCACAAGGGAUAUAGCAGAGCAUCAGUGACCCCUUACAUGCAUUCACUUGUCUACCAUGUAUCCAGAUUUAUGCAGUUGUAUCGAUCAGUCAAAAUCUUCACCGGACAGGGGGUUGAAAAAAAUAAUGAUGUGGCAAGAAAAGUGGUUCUGUUAAAAUCCAAUAAUAAGAAUCCUACAUCAGAUGUUCUCGAAUUGGAAUGCAGGCAGUGGGAACUACGUGACAGUGAACGCGUGAAGAGGUCAUACAGCAAGAAAGAUGCACAUUACUGGGAAACUGAAAUUCGAAACAAACGAAGAAAGUCAUCCUAA